AUGCGCCAACACGGUCUAAUCCCCUACACCAAACCCCAACUCCUCACCCUCAACCACCACCUCCUGACCCUCGGCUACCUCGACUUCAAAGCCGCCGCGGAGCGCAAAACCCUCCUCACCCUCCCCGGCGAAAUCCGCAACAAGAUCUACGAGCUCGUGCAAGAGCAGUGCGCCGUUGCGACGAUAACCUGGACUACCCCUUUGACCCUGCCUGCUCGUCUCGCGCAAGUAUGCCGGCAGAUUUGA